UGUGUGUGUGUGUGUGUGUGGAGCACGGAAGAAAAAGCCGCAAACACACUGAUGUAGAGUUAUCUGCCCGGGGGAGAUGUUCUCAUGGAGCUGGUCACACCGACAGCGUCUCGUUUGUGUUUGACUUCACCAUGCACUUUAGGACUUCAAUAAGAUGCGUGUGUGUUGUCAGAUAAUCAUUUUGCUUCUCGCCUGCAACUUCUGCGCAUUCGUUUAUACUCAGGGGUCACGGGGAACCUGGAGCCUAUCCCAGGAAGCAUCAGGCACAAGGCAGGGUACACCCUGGACAGGGUGCCAGUCCAUCACAGGACGCAAUCACAUACACACACCCAUUCAUACACUACGGACACUUUAGACAACCAUGCAUGUGUUUGGACUGGGAGAAGGAACCGGAGUACCCGGAGGAAACCCCCACAGCACGGGGAGAACAUGCAAACUCCGCACACAGGACCACGGUGGGAAUCGAACCAUGGACCCUGGAGGUGUGAGGCAAACGUGCUAACCACUAAGCCACCGUGCACCCUACAGGACAGUACAAUACUAUUAAAACAGGACAUUAGGCACAACCCCUCCUGCUGCCAUCAUGCCGCGGAGCUCCCCCAGUGUAAAGACGCGUGCGAUCAGCUUGCAACUAUUAGAAGUGAAUCCCGUCUGAAGCACCUUCUCCAGCGUUUACCAAGUUACUGUCCUGAGUCUAUGAAUGAGCUUUGGACCUGCAUUAACUCUACCUUACCGGGGGCAUCAAGGAAAUCAGAUGGAUGGGUCGGCCUUGGCUGCUGUGAACUGGCCAUCUCCGCAGAGUGCCGCAGGGAAUGCAAACAGGCUUCAUCUAAGAAUGAUAUCACAAAAGUCUGCAGAAAAGACACAGAGAAACCACUCUACAGCUGUAUCUCCAAAAAUGAAAUGGGCUCGGUAUGCUGCAGCUAUGCCGGGAGACACACUCACUGCCGGGAAUACUGCCAGGCCAUCUUCCGCACAGACUCCUCACCCACUGUGUCUCAGAUCAACACUGUCAAGGAGUACUGCCAGAGCAUUAGCCCUCAGCUUAUCAGCUGCGUGGCCAACUACACCAAAUCAUAUCCGACCAGGAGUCCCAUCGACAGCCUGUACUGUUGUGACCGAGCAGAGGAGGCACACUGCCAGACGGCGUGUAAACGGAUCCUGCGCACCAUGAACACCGAGCACGAGAUCAUGGAGGGCCUGAUUGCAGAGUGCGGAAGCCAGCCCCUCCCCCAGGACCCACUGUGGCAGUGCUUUCUGGGUAGCGCUCACCCUCCGGCCAAAAGUGACCCAGAGACCUCUCCAACAGCCAAGAUGGACUGUGCCAAGCUCCACUGCUGCUCCAAAGCGAAUACCUCACAGUGCAGAGUUAUGUGCCAGGAGAUCAGCACCAACUGGGGAACUCAGACGUGGCAGGAGUUUGACCAGGUCUGUGAGUACAGUCCUGUUGAAACAGAUCUUAUCACCUGCCUUGCAGAUGUGAGGGAACCAUGCCAGCUGGGUUGCAAAGAUCUCACCUACUGCACCAACUUUAACAACAGGCCAACAGAGCUCUUCCGGAGUUGCAACAUCCAGUCUGACCAGGGUGCCAUGAACGACAUCAAACUUUGGUCCAAUGGAACCAUAAAGAUGCCUCUGAUGAACAUCCCAGUUUUGGACAUUAGAAAGUGCCGGCCGGAGAUGUGGAAGGCUGUGGCCUGCGCACUCCAAAUCAAACCCUGCUACAGCAAAUCAAGAAGCAGCGUCAUCUGCAAGUCGGACUGUGUGGACAUCCUUACCCACUGCGGUGACUUCUCACGCUUCGGAGAAGGCCACACCCCAGAGCAGAUCUGUGACCUUCUGUCCCCUACCGACGACCCAGACAGAUGCAUUCCUCUGCAGAGAUACCUCGCUCCUAGUCCCUUUGAAAACAUCAUCGAGGAGGUAAUCCAUCCCUGUAAUCCCAACCCAUGUCCCAGCAACCAUCUGUGUGAAGUAAACAGGAAGGGCUGUCACCCAGGACAAGACUGCCUGCCUUACUUCUGUGUGCCUGGCUGCAAACUGGGUGAAGCAUCCGAGUUCCUCGUGCACAUGGAGGCUCGGAUCCAGGUUCCAGUGCGCAGCGGGCAGGUAGGCUGUUACGAGGUAUGCACCUGCGGGCAAAGCAGCCGUCUGGAAAACUGUGCCGAAAUGCCCUGCAUCGACACCACAAAGACCUGCACCGUCGGAGGACAGAGGAAAAGUCAUGGAGCAUCUUUCAAGGUGGACUGUAAGUCCUGCUUUUGCAACGCUGGAGAAACCAUCUGCUUCCCGCCGCAGUGCCCCAGUCUAGACAACUCAUUUACAGGUCUUCCAUGUGGCUGUCCUGAUAACUUUGUUCCAGUGUGUGCCCGUAAUGGACGCACCUACCCCAGUGCCUGUGUGGCACGCUGUAUGGGCUUCCAAGACAAUCAGUUUGUGUUUGGCUCCUGCAGGAGCACUGGACCCUGCUCACCCAACCCAUGCCAGAGAAACCAGAGGUGCAUCCCGAAGCGGCGUGUGUGUCUGACGAAUACAACGGACUACCCGUGUCUGCAGUACCAGUGUGUGGGCCGCCCUUCCGGCUGCGACGCAAACCAGCUGGAUCCGGUCUGCGACACAGACAACAUGGAGCACACCAACUUGUGUCUCCUGUAUCAGAGCGGCAAAACCCUGGCAUACAUGGGACACUGUCAGGAUGCCUGCAGGGUAACUCGGGAAGUGUGUGGACACAAUGGUGAGACGUAUAACACAGUGUGUGAGGCGUUUUCAGACCGCAUGGCUGUGGAUUAUCAGGGCCGUUGCCAUGCUUUGGGUUCUGUGCAAGGUUUCCCAUCUGAUUCAGGCUGUAAUGCCGUGCCCUGUCCUGCCCUCUCUGCUGCAGGCUGUAACCCCAUCACUCCACCCGGUGCAUGUUGCCCUGUGUGUGCCGGGAUGUUGCAGAUCCUCUGGAAUAAACAGCAGAUGAAUGUAUUCGCCAAGCUGAACCGGAAUCAGCCGGUCACGGUGCAUGACAUCCUGAGAGUCCUGCGUCUACACAUCUCCGUUCCUCAGUGUGAUAUCUUCGGCUACCUGAGCAUCGACUCUGAGAUCGUGAUCCUCAUCGUACCCGUGGACCAGCAGCCCACGCCACUGCAGAUUGAAGCCUGCAGUAAAGAAGCCGAGAAGAUCGACUCUCUCAUUAACUCGGGCAGUCCCACGCUGGUGUCCCACGUCCCCCUGUCCGCCUUCCUGACCUCUGAGCUCAAACUGUCCACCGUUAGCUCUGCUGCUCCCCCCAGUGCUUCCCUCAGUGUGUGCACCUGUCUCUCUCUCUGUCUCCUCCUCACAUUCCUGCUGUCCUACCUAAACAACCUGAAAGGUCAUUGCUGAGCAACAGCACCCCCAGGGCUGACCUUUGACCUUCCUCGCCUCGUUCCCAGAAGCCCCAGUCUGCAUAGCCUUGACAAUCACAGAAAUGCCAAUCUGAUGAGAACAAUCACUCGAAAUAUGACAGGACAAUGAAGUUAAGGAAUCGAUAAUGGACUGUUGAGCUAUAUUCCUGUCAAGGGUAAGCUGAGGGGUCUUUUUUUUAGCUGUCACAGAGCAGUGAGCCUCAGAAAGCAUGAGGAAUAAAGCAAGGAGAUGGAUAGAGUGAGAUCUCCGAAUGAAUUUCUGGCUCUGGUGCUCCUCUCUGCUGCCUUUCACUUCCGGUCCACUGGAGCAGAUACUUUAAACAAUAUACAUUUCACACACAUCAUUUUAUAGAUGAGAACUGAAGAAGAUAAUCAGUGGAAGUGGAGAAGGCUUUCUACCCCAAAAUUUCCUUCAUUCCUCUCUGUAUAUAAUUUAAUAGACUUAAAAGGAGAAACUAUAGCCAUCCGAAGCCGAUUUUUCACUGUACGAUUUCAGCGGCCUUUUAAGAUUAUUACUUGUCACACUGCAUGAAAUGAUCCCAGAGAAAUCUUGGCCAAAUUCUCUACCAGUUCUCUGUAUCAGAUGACAUGAUGAAGAUCCUCUAAAGAUCUUAAAGGAUCGUUAAAGAACGAUUGUUUAAGACUUAUUAAAGAAAGUGACUAAGUCCUGCUUACCAAUUAGGGUAGUUUGUGCUCGUACAGAAAAGGGGGACACAUUAAACAGAAACAUGCUUGAAAGUGAGCUUGUCGCGACGAGCAUCUUUUGUCUGUCCAUUAGCAUGCUUUGUUUACGUGUUGCCUUUGCUGUUACCGAAUUUGUAGCUGUCCGGUGAGUUUUGCGCCAUCCUACUUAUUGACAGCUUUUGUACAAGCACGGUAACAACAAACACGCUGAGAUUUUAAUCACAAUUUUCUGACACUACCAGGACUUUGCCGUCUUUGGUUGCAAUGGUGCUGAGUCAGUCGCCAAGUAAGCCUGUAAUAUUAUUCAUUCAAAAGGCUGGAUUACACUUUCUUUUAACUAUGCGUUCACGUCCACAAGAUGGCUGCCACACAUAUCCUGUGGUCAUUAUGAGUGUCGCUUGCUCGCAUCCUCAGAAAUGAACAGUAGGCAUCCACAUCUGUAUUAGUAAAUAUGUGAAUGUAAGGUCAGAGUUUACAAUUUGAGACUCAUGACGACAUUCAUGACGAUGGUAGAACGUUUCAACAGAGCUUUUACAGUUUUACAGUUCGACUUGGAAAUCUGUCGGACACUGUGGGUGUUUUGGCUCUAAAAUGCCAUCUGGUGUAGCCGGCGACUGAUAGUGGAUUUUACCGAUACCGAUAACCAAGUUGGGCAGUACCUGCCGAUAACCGAUUAAUCAGCCCAUUGAUUAUUCAAUUGUUUUUAAAACUGAUACUGGAUGAAAACAUAACACUCAAAGUAAAAUAUUGCUGAACUUUAUUACAAAAAUAAACAGUACUGCCUGUACGAUGAAAAUGUUUUUGUACUGAAUUUUUUUUAAUGAACUAAAUAUAUAAAUAUUAAUAUAUAUUAACUAUUAAUAAAUUCCAAGUAAAUAAAAGAUAUACAUCCAAACUGAACCAAAAAGUAACACUCCAAAUAACAAAUAAAAAUAGACUUUAAAAAACAAAAAAACAGUACAAAUAUCACAACAAAAUUAGUCAGUUUAUAUUUCGCCUCUAGAGGCCGCUCUUGUACUGUAUAAUGACAGUCGACCCUUCUCAGCCGCUCCCGCAACAAACCCUACCGGGUAAAACUAUCGGUGUGGAUUUUUGCCCAUAACCGAUCAUUCUAGCGAUCGUUUAUCAGUGCUGAUUAAUCUGCAAAACCGAUCAAUCGGUCGACCUCUAAUCUAGUGGAUGUGGUUUUAUUUCUCCGGAUGUACACGAAGUACAUAGUUUAAUAUGUUUAACAGUGCUGCUGUCAUUUUUAUUCACAUCAAAAAUAAGACAAAUGAUCUCAACUCAUGGCUAAAAAUAAAUAUUUUAGCACGUGUAAAUUUUGUCCGCUGCAGCAAAAUCGGGCUGAAAAUCGUACAGUGUAAACCUGGCUUUAAUGAAUAUGACAAUCAUAUCCACAAUUGGGUAAUCACAACAAUAUGCCUUGUUUAUAUAGAUUAUAUAUGUAAAGAUUUAUUAUAUGAAGUGUUGCAAAAAAACAAAACAAAAAAAAGUAUGUUGUUAAAAAUACUUAAAUGUUUAUUUUAAGAUGUUUUCUGACCCGGAGGUCGGAGCCACAAUGUGCCAUUUUGAAAUCUUAUUCUUGCAUGAUGACAAUUAUGAAGUGUUUUUACAGAAAGCUGUGUAUCGUUCUGUCCUGUCCGUGUCUGAUUACAUGUUGUCUCUGCCUAUGUCAAAUGAAGGAUUUCUUAUUUUAACAGUAUUAUUGUGCUUGGGCAGCUUUUGUAGCAUUUCCACUCAGUGGAGCUUUGUGCUCUUUUAUGUUUGUGUGUUUGCAAUUCAACUGAUGUAUUUUUAUAAGAUAAUUAUAAUAAAAAGUGUUCAUAUUGCCAAGUGUAAA